AUGGAAGGGUCGAAACUCAGUAACGAUAGCAGUAGUCGGAAAAACAUUCAAUGCCAUCACUGUGCAGGACCCCUUUCCAAGGACAUGGAAACCAGUCAUUGGACCGUUUCACCUCUCAUCAGGGAUAACUUUUCUAUGAUUGGUUCUGCCGUUGGUGGCAUAACAAGUGCAUUUUAUGGAUUCAACUAUGUUAUGCCGGUUGUCCGGAGAUUGGUAAAAGGAACCAUGUGGUUGCAUUUUUUCAUUGGUGCACCACCCGUGAUAGUAUUCUCUUCAGCCUGUGCAGGACUGGCUGGUGGGGUUGUUCCUGCUGUAGCACAACUUGUUUCCUCAUCUUACCACGCAGCAACUUCAUCUCCUACCUUACCUCCACCAUCGAAGGAUGAUGAGAUUCCGAAGUCAAGAACUUCCUCCACUAUCUAA